UUUCGUACAGCCAAUGUUUGUGGAAUGAACCACAAUAGUUAUACGGCCCAUGUAUUUUACUGAGGUCGCUGUUGUCGACAUAUCCACGUGUGUUUCGUAUUAAUAAAAUCAGUUAACUUUUGAAGUGAUACAUAAAAAAAAAUAAAAUAAAUUACUUCAAAUAAGAUUUUAAUUUAUCAAUUAAAAUUGCACGGAGAUUUUGUUUUUUUUUAUUAUUUUAAAAAGUGAAUAAAAAAGUUUAAUAAUUAUUAUGAUACUGAAGUUAGCCGAGGUAUGAUAAUUUUUGAAUUUUUUUCAAAACGAUAAAUUAUAAAAAAAAAAAUAUUUGAAAAAAUUGCACCUGUAGUUUUUUUAAAUUUUCUACAUGUGCAUAUUUUUAUUUUUUUAAUUUUUUUGUAAUCGAUUUGUUGAAAAAUAAAUCCGAAAAUUGUCAAUUGUGUUAACUUCAGGAUCAUUAAUUAUUUAAAAAAUGUACGCAUUCAAGCCGCAUGUGUUUACUAAACACUCUAUAUACAGUAUUACAAAACCUGAAGAAAAAAUGGAAGCAAUAAUAUGCUGUGAUGGUAAAAAUUCAUAUUUUAUCGGCAAGUCUGCAAGUAAUAGCGAAUUUUAUAAUAUCUGGGAGUACAAUUUAGCUGGACAACAAUGGAGAUUAUUGAUAUCAAUAAGGCGUCUAAACAAUUCACUAUAUACUAAUGAUUUAAUUAUUGGUACUGUUUUUGAAUCAAAUUAUUUAGUUAUUUGCACACUACCAAGGCAAAACACAAGACGAAGAUCUUUCAAUGACGAACUGUCAAGCCGCACAUGUCAAUUACAUGUUUGUGAUUUGAAUAGUAAAAGUAGUAUUGUUCGAAGGACAAGUGGACAAGUUCCAUAUCAUUCAUUUAGACAUAAUUUCAUUCGCCAUGGAAAAUAUUUGUAUAUUGUCGGAAUCGAAAGAGAUUAUAAUAAAACCUUUUUCGAUGUAUAUAAAUUAAAUAUGGAAAAUGAUGUAUGGGAAGUUGAUUACAUCUGUCGAGGACUUGAUGCUAAUGAACCAGUUGGUGGUGGUUUGAAUCAUACUUUGGUUUAUAGUAACAAUAUGAUUUAUAUAUUCGGUGAUUGUGGUCUUGGUCGCAGAAGGGGUCCAUUUUCGUUUCUCAAAAUAUGGGCGUUUGAUUUGGAAAAAAGCUGCUGGAAAAUAAUAGAGACUUAUGGUGAUGAAAAUCACACACCACAAUAUCCAACUGAUAGAAAUGAAGUCUGUGUCACGAGUUAUACUGACCCAGAUUCUGGUGAAGUAAAUGUAAUAAUAUCUGGAGGAUCAUUUCAUAAUCGUGAAUGUGAUGUCUAUGUUAAACUUUCUGAUGUCUGGAGAUUGAAUCUCACAAGUUUAAAAUGGACGUGUCUCGAGAGAUUUGGUACUGUCUUGCCUUAUCACGCUUAUAGUCAUUCAAUGACCAUUUCUCCUGCUGGAAAAUUGGUUUUAUUUGAUAGUGAUAUGUCUGAUAUCGACGUGGAACAAGAAUAUGGAGGUUCUGCUUUACACUCAACUUGGCUCAGGAUUCCAAAACUCACAGACAUUUGUUGGGAAGCUGUUUUCCAUUACUUUCCAAACUUGAAAUCAAUGACUGACAAGGAAAUUAUGUCCCUCGGCCUUCCAUUGCAGUUACUCAAGUCGCGUAUUAAUUAAAAAAAUACUUAUUAGUAAUAUGCGGCUGAAGCAGCCGUUCGGCACGCACGUGGCUCGGGCAAUCACCAAAGUUAAGCAGCAUCGAGCAUGAUUACUACUUGGCUGGGUGACCGCUUAGCCACGCGUCGGGUUCGAACGAAAGUCUCUGAUCGUUAGGCGCGGGAUGAAGAUCCAGUGAUCGAUAAAAUGGAAAUUUUAUCGACCACUGGAGCUUCACCCAAACCAAACUGUACUGGCUAGGUUUUCUCUGUGGUUUCCCUACGCUACUGCACCUCCAUUCCAUAAGGGAGGUAGUAGGGCAUCACAGUAAUAAUGCAGAACAGUCAUUAGCACAAGUCGAAUGAAAAAAUAAAUUUUUACAUGUUAAUCAGAUGGGAAAUUAAAGUUAAAAUAGCGAGCUCUUAGAGUUGAGCUAGAAAGCCCAUCUUUUGGGAGGAUUUUUGUCUCGGCAACCAUUAACGUUUCAGGGGGUAAGAGCGAAAAAAAAAAUUAAAUUUUUUUUUUGAAGCACCCUAGUGUACAUGCGCACAGAAAAAAGGGAUUUCUUGGAGCAAAAACGUUUCACAUGCCACAAGAAAAUUUUACUAAAUAUUCUUUUGAUUUCUCCAAAAAUAAGCAAAUCUGUCGCAUCAUUAAUUUUUGAAACAAUAAAAAUUUUUUUUUGUAUUUGAAAUACACUUCGACUUUUUA